ACAUACACGUUUCAAAAAACACAAACUUUAUCUGUAUAACAGUUUUUAAAACAGAGGUACAAAGUCUUUACAGAGACAAAUGAUCAGAGGUAAGACAGAACAGCUGAGUGUUUUAACUGGAUCCACUGUGAUAGAACACAACACCUUUAACACUGAUGUCAUUAUUUAUUCUAAGACUUCAUCUUUUCUUCACAGAGUUCAUCAGCAGAGCUCAGAGGUUCUCAGUGGUCAGUCUGUCCAGCAGCAUCAAACACACCUGGACUCCAUAUUUAUGCUGCUGGAGGAGAACAUCAUUAGUUUUGUGAAGAACGAGCUGAAGAAGAUCCAGAAGGUUCUGAGUCCAGAUUACCCAGAAUGCUUAGAGAGUCAGAGUGAGGAUGAGGAGGUGUUGGAUGGUGAGGACGAAGAGCAGAGGAGGAGCAGCAGAGAAGCAUUUCUGAAGAUCACACUGUACUUCCUGAGGAGAAUGAAGCAGGAGGAGCUGGCUGACUGUCUGCAGAGCAGAACUUGUGCUCCAGAGUGUCGAUAUAAACUCAAGUCUAACCUGAAGAAGAAGUUCCAGUGUGUGUUUGAGGGGAUUGCUAAAGCAGGAAACCCAACCCUUCUGAAUCAGAUCUACACAGAGCUCUACAUCACAGAGGGAGGGACUGCAGAGGUCAAUCAGGAACAUGAGGUCAGACAGAUUGAAACAGCAUCCAGGAAACCAGACAGACCAGAAACAACAAUCAGACAAGAAGACAUCUUUAAAGCUUCACCUGGAAGAGAUGAACCAAUCAGAACAGUGAUGACAAAGGGAGUGGCUGGCAUUGGGAAAACAGUCUUAAUACAGAAGUUCACUCUGGACUGGGCUGAAGACAAAGCCAACCAGGACAUACAGUUCACAUUUCCAUUCACUUUCAGAGAGCUGAAUGUGCUGAAAGAGAAAAAGUACAGCUUGGUGGAACUUGUUCAUCACUUCUUUACUGAAACCAAAGAAGCAGGAAUCUGCAGAUUUGAAGAGUUCCAGGUUGUGUUCAUCUUUGACGGUCUGGAUGAGUGUCGACUUCCUCUGGACUUCCACAACAAUGAGAUCCUGACUGAUGUUACAGAGUCCACCUCAGUGGAUGUGCUGCUGACAAACCUCAUCAGGGGGAAACUGCUUCCCUCUGCUCGCCUGUGGAUAACCACACGACCUGCAGCAGCCAAUCAGAUCCCUCCUUGGUGUGUUGGCAUGGUGACAGAGGUCAGAGGGUUCACUGACCCACAGAAGGAGGAGUACUUCAGGAAGAGAUUCAGAGAUGAGAAGCAGGCCAGCACAAUCAUCUCCCACAUCAAGACAUCACGAAGCCUCCACAUCAUGUGCCACAUCCCAGUCGUCUGCUGGAUCACUGCUACAGUUCUGGAGGAUGUGUUGAAAAUCAGAGAGGGAGGAAAGCUGCCCAAGACCCUUACUGAGAUGUACAUCCACUUUCUGGUGGUUCAGGCCAAACUGAAGAAUAUCAAGUAUGAUGGAGGAGCUGAGACAGAUCCACACUGGAGUCCAGAGAGCAGGAAGAUGAUUGAGUCUCUGGGAAAACUGGCUUUUGAGCAGCUGCAGAAAGGCAACCUGAUCUUCUAUGAAUCAGACCUGACAGAGUGUGGCAUCAAUAUCAGAGCAGCCUCAGUGUACUCAGGAGUGCUCACACAGGUCUUUAAAGAGGAGAGAGGGCUGUACCAGGACAAAGUAUUCUGCUUUGUCCAUCUGAGUGUUCAGGAGUUUCUGGCUGCUCUUCACAUCCAUCUGACAUUCAUCAACUCUGGAGUCAAUCUGUUGGCAGAAGAACAAACAACAACCCAGUCUUCUAAAGUCUUUAAAAACAAACCUAAACUAAAACAUCUCUACCAGAGUGCUGUGGACGAGGCCUUACAGAGUCCAAACGGACACUUGGACUUGUUCCUCCGCUUCCUCCUGGGUCUUUCACUGCAGACCAAUCAGACUCUCCUACGAGGUCUGCUGACACAGAAAGAAAGUAGCUCACAGACCAAUCAGAAAACAGUCGAGUACAUCAAGAAGAAGAUCAGUGAGAAUCUGUCUGCAGAGAGAAGCAUCAAUCUGUUCCACUGUCUGAAUGAGCUGAAUGAUCGUUCUCUAGUGGAGGAGAUCCAACAGUCCCUGAGAUCAGGACGUCUCUCCACAGAUAAACUGUCUCCUGCUCAGUGGUCAGCUCUGGUCUUCAUCUUACUGUCAUCAGAAAAAGAUCUGGAUGUGUUUGACCUGAAGAAAUACUCUGCUUCAGAGGAGGCUCUUCUGAGGCUGCUGCCAGUGGUCAAAGCUUCAAAUAAAGCUCUGCUGAGUGGCUGUAACCUCUCAGAGAGAAGCUGUGCAGCUCUGUCUUCAGUUCUCAGCUCCCAGUCCUCUAGUCUGAGAGAGCUGGACUUGAGUAACAACAACUUGCAAAAUUCAGGAGUCAAGCUGUUGUCUGCUGGACUGGAGAGUCCACACUGCACACUGGAAACUCUCAGUCUGUCAGGAUGUCUGGUCACAGAGGAAGGCUGUGCUUCUCUGGCCUCAGCUCUGAACUCCAAUCCCUCCCAUCUGAGAGAGCUUGACUUGAGCUACAAUCAUCCAGGAAAGUCAGGACAGAAACUUCUGUCUGCUGGACUGAAGGAUCCACACUGGAGACUGGACACUCUCAGGCUGAGUGGCUGUAACCUCUCAGAGAGAAGCUGUGCAGCUCUGUCCUCAGUUCUCAGCUCCCAGUCCUCUAGUCUGAGAGAGCUUGACCUGAGUAACAACAACUUGCAAAAUUCAGGAGUUAAGCUGUUGUCUGCUGGACUGGAGAGUCCACACUGUACACUGGAAACUCUCAGUCUGUCAGGAUGUCUGGUCACAGAGGAAGGCUGUGCUUCUCUGGCCUCAGCUCUGAACUCCAACCCCUCCCAUCUGAGAGAGCUUGACCUGAGCUACAAUCAUCCAGGAAAGUCAGGACAAAAGAUGCUGUCUGCUGGACUGAAGGAUCCACACUGGAGACUAGACACUCUCAGGUUGGACCAUGGUGGAGAGCUCAGGUUAAAACCUGGUGUGAAGAAGUAUUUCUGUGAACUCACACUGGACACAAACACAGUACACAGAAACCUCAAACUGUCUGACAACAACAGGAAGGUGACACAUGUGAGAGAGAAUCAGUCAUAUCCUGAUCAUCCAGACAGAUUUGACCACUGGUCUCAGCUGCUGUGUAGAAAUGGUCUGACUGGUCGCUGUUACUGGGAGGUCGAGUGGAGAAGAGGAGUUAAUAUAUCAGUGAGUUACAGAGGAAUCAGCAGGAAAGGAAACAGUCGUGACUGUGUGUUUGGAUAUAAUGAUCAGUCCUGGAGUCUGAACUGCUCUGAUGAUGGUUACUGUGUCUGGCACAAUAAGACAGAAACAUCCAUCUCCUCCUCCUCCUCUUCCUCCUCCUCCUCCUCCUCUGUCUCUAACAGAGUAGCAGUGUAUGUGGACUGUCCUGCUGGCACUCUGUCCUUCUACAGAGUCUCCUCUGACACACUGAUCCACCUCCACACCUUCAACACCACAUUCACUCAGCCUCUGUAUCCUGGGUUCUGGUUGUGGUCUGGUUCCUCAGUGUCUCUGUGUCGUCUGUCUGAGGAAGAGUCUCCUCCUGUGUAGACAAACAGUCACACUGCUGACUGAAGACAGCUGCUGAAAUCACUGUUCACUCUGUUCACCAGUGAACAACAGAAACUGGAAGUGACAGCAGCUUCCUGUGUUUAAAUGUUGAUGGUGGACGAGGUUUCACUCUGGUUUCAUUUGGAUCACUGACUGUGCUUUAAUGUCAGAAUAUUGUUUCUAUUAGAAGUAGUGAAAUGAUCUCCUCUGGGCUGAAUUUAUGUGUAAAAACUGUGUUGACUCUGAUUGACUUCAGUAAAGUUUUCUUGGAGCAGCAUCUAGUAGCUGUUAGUGGCUGUUAGUUAUUCCAUUUUAUCAGGAUCUUAAAGUGAAGUUUUUCCUGAAAAUGUCCAGCAGACAUCCCAGUCUGUUUGACAUCAGCUCAGUUUGUGUUAAAUCAUGAACAUCAACGUAUGUUUCUAUCUGAUGUAAUGUGUCUGACAUGUAUGUAUAUAAUAACAUGUAUGGGUUGCUUUCCUUUAGUUUUUCUUGCCUCUGCAGGUGAUGUAAAUAUUGUCUUGUAAGCUCAUGUUUGCUGGGCAGC